UGGUUGGAGCCUUCUCCUACCCUUUCUCUCUGUGUCMCGGCGCUGGGUUGGAGCCGCUGUCCCUGGUCUGGCACGUUCCCUUAAAUUUUUGUGUUAAAUUUGAUGCCCCUUUUUUUUUAUUCGACAAUUUGCAACGGCAUUUAAAACACCUACACGGGCAUCUCCAUACCGGUGUUUUUUUUUAAAUAAGAAUUUGUCAAAUAUACCCUUUAUCCUGUAAAAUGGCGGUGUUAAGCGGGUCGUCUGGGCCGGUUGCCCGGCUUGAGGGCCGUGAAUUCGAAUACUUGAUGAAAAAGCGCUCGGUGACUAUCGGGAGGAACUCGUCUCAGGGCUCGGUGGAUGUGAGCAUGGGUCAUUCCAGUUUUAUUUCUCGAAGACAUCUCGAAAUAUUCACUGUUAGUGACGAUACCACUGGUGGUGGAGAUUUCUACUUGCGAUGCCUCGGCAAAAAUGGGGUGUUCGUGGAUGGAGUGUUCCUCAGACGGGGUGCCCCUCCUCUACAACUACCACGAAUGUGCACUUUCAGGUUUCCCAGCACAAACAUCAAGAUCACAUUCACAGCCCUGUCCAGUGGGAAGAGGGAGAAGCGUGAGGCGCCUGAGUCUCCAGUAAAACCAGUCCACAUCUCUCCACUCACCAUAAACAUUCCAGACAACAUCGCCCACCUCAUGAGCCCUCUGCCCUCGCCCACCGGCACCAUCAGUGCUGCCAACUCGUGCCCCUCCAGUCCCAGGGGAGCGGGCUUGUCCGGCUACAGGAUGGGUCGCAUGGUCAGCUCUGCAGAGCUACAGCUCAUAAACGACAACUCCCAGUCAGAGAACGACAAGGAGGCCUCAGGAGGGGACAGCCCCAAGGAUGAUUCCAAACCGCCAUACUCAUAUGCACAACUGAUAGUCCAAGCCAUUACAAUGGCACAGGACAAGCAGCUCACACUAAACGGAAUAUACACUCACAUCACCAAAAACUACCCCUACUACAGGACUGCAGACAAAGGCUGGCAGAACUCGAUCCGUCACAAUCUGUCACUGAACCGCUACUUUAUUAAAGUAGCCAGAUCGCAGGAGGAACCGGGCAAGGGCUCGUUCUGGAGGAUAGACCCGUCCUCAGAGGGCAAGCUCAUGGAGCAGGCCUUCAGGAAACGAAGGCCGCGGGGUGUGCCCUGCUUCAGGACCCCCCUCGGACCCCUCUCCUCCAGGAGUGCCCCAGUCUCCCCUAAUCACUCUGGGGUGCUCUCGGCCCACUCGAGUGGGGUACAGACCCCUGACAGCCUAUCCCGAGAGGGUUCCCCUGUCCCCAUGGAACCAGAGCCCGCUCCGGCCCCGACCCCUGCCACAGCAGUCCAGCCCAAACUAGCUGUCAUCCAGGAGGCCCGCUUUGCACAGAGUACACCAGGCUCCCCUCUCAACAGCCAGCCAGUGCUCAUCACGGUUCAGCGUCAAUUACCUCAGACCAUAAAGCCGGUGACCUAUGCCAUGGCCACGCCUGUGACUACCAGCACCAACCAGAACCAGCAGCCCGUCAUGCAGACGGUGCACGUCGUCCACCAGAUCCCUGCUAUGUCUGUCACCAGCGUGGCCGGGCUCAGCACCGCCAACACCUACACAGUGGCCACCCCGGCCAUGGUCACCCUCCAGACUGAGCCCCAGGAGAACGGAGACUACUCAGAGGCCAAAGUAAAAGUAGAAUCUGUUCCAACCAUCUCCCACGCCUCUAUAGGCGGUGGCAGUCGCAUCAUCCAGACAACCCAGUCGACCACGCCCUUACAGACGCUGACCUUAGUGCAGCAGCAGCCGCCCCUGGGCCAGCACCAGCUCCCCAUAAAGACCAUCACACAGAACGGCACCCACCUGAUGCCAAUGCAGGCCGCUGCAG